CCAGUAAUCGUAGUUCAGAAUUCUCGGACUUCAAUUUCUUCGUCAGUUUUGAUCGUCGCCGCCGCUGCUCGCCGGAACUGGCCGGACUUAACUCAGAAACUCGUUCACUUGCCGCCGCUUCCUGUUUUCUUCUCCUAUUGUCGUCGCGUCAUUUCUGCAGAAUUGUGUUUGUGUAGAGCGAAGCAAGAUAGGGUUGGGGAUCGAACUGUGCAAUCGUUUGCGAAAUGGAGAAGAAGCACGAGGUUAGUACUCCAGCGAGCUCUAGCCAUCUCGAUCUGAAAAAGUCGUUCAAGCUCGCCGUUCGUUCCCUCCUCACUUCCUGUUCCAGGGAGGAGUUUCGGGAAUGCUUUUUGAGAUUUACAAAUGCGGAGCAAGAAUAUCUUCAUCGUCUUUUCAUUCAGGUUAUAACUUCUUUGCAUGGAAACAUAGAGGACGAGUUUGAGUCAUUGUGCAUUGAAACACAGGUGGGACCUAUACUUGAUAAUGUUGAACAACUUUUGGAAGAACAAGGUCUAGAUCCUUUAUAUUCCAAGAAGACUAAUAUAAUGGAUAUUGCUAAUUAUCUGUCCAUGACAAAGAAGAAUGAGAUCCAGCGCUUGAAGGAUAUGCUGAAAACGGCUGAGGAACAGAACCAGCAUGUUCAAGCCCGUAUUGAUCUCCUAAGGAAAGGAGUGCAAGAUGUCUCGGGCACAGCAGAUGCUGUUGAAAAGCUAUGGAAUAGAUGCAGAGCUUAUGCAACUGAUGGCGUUAACGAGACCUGUGAUCCGUAAUUCGCGUCCAACUCGCUGUUGCCAUCCUAUCUAACCUUCUUGUGUUAAAUGCAUCUGGGAUUGUUGUUAUGUGACGAGUAGAUUUUUUAGGUAGCUUUAUAUGUCGGUUUCUUCAGCUUAGCACAAGGUUUCCAUUUAAUAUCUGCAAUAUUUUACAUGUUAUAAGUUGUGGAUCAUGUUUUAUUCAUUCAAUUCAUACACUCUGUAUUGUAUCAAAGAAAUCUUCAAUGCCCAAUCAGGCAUCAGCUAAGUUAAAAAUUGU